AUAUACUGUAGUUUUCUUGAAAAAUAUUAACACGUGUUGUUUGAAGUUGUCCAUAUCCGUUUCAACACGUAAUUUUUAUUCAAUUACAUUAAGUAUUUAACAUCAAUAAGUAUUAUUAUUCUGUUGAUUUUUCAUUUAGGAUAAAGAGUCUAUAUCCUUUGGAAGAUAUAUCAAGUUUUUAAAAAUUUGGUAUUUUCGAAAGGUUCUUUUAUAUCGAGGAAAUGGAAGAAAUCCUAACUAUUUGUCCCAUAACUGCUUUAGCUUUUAUUGACAAUACCGAUUAUUUAUUAGUUGGAGAAGCUUAUAACGUUUCCCUUUACUGCACAAAUUCAAAAAGUAAAUUAUUCGAGAAAAGAUUACUUGAUUCCCAUAAUAUUCAUGGAUUUCUUGAACAAAAAGAGUUAAUACUAGCCUAUGGUGGAAAAGAAUUAGUUUUAUUUAAAUUGAACGAUAGCUCAAUUGAACAACAACAAAGAAUCGAGGUGACAGACUGGAUAAAGAACUGCUCUUUUAUAAAUGAUCUUGAUUACCUUUACGUUGCAACAGCGCACAAUUUUGUAGAAAUAUGGGAAUUUACAAGUCAAAAUCAGUAUAAAUUAAAGAAAAUCGUCAAAUACGAAGAUAAUUGUAUAUUAUAUUCGGCCAAAUUGUUUGGAUCAUCUGUCAAUGAUGUUGUGUUAUUGGCUGGUACCGUUUAUAAUAAGGUUUUAAUUUGGCCGGUCGAAUAUGAACAAUCGGUAAUUGAAAAUUCGCUGAGAGUUUUAGAAAAUCACGACGGGGUUAUCUUUUCCAUUAAUGUAAAAGGAAAAUGGAUAAGUACAGUCUCUGAUGAUCGAAGUAUAAGAUUAUGGAAAUGUCCAAAGGAAGAUAAGAACUUUGAAGAUUUUACAAUAGAAGAUUGGUUGGGAAAUGAUAUAGCUUGUAUCCAUACACUAUACGGACAUGGUUCCAGAGUAUGGGAUUGCAUCUUUCUCACCAAUAAAUUCGUUUCAAUAGGAGAGGAUGGCAUUUGUUGCAUUUGGGAUUAUAAUGGUAAAUUAAUUAAGCAAUUAAAAAGUCAUAAAGGACGAAAUAUUUGGUCAUUGUCUGCAAAGAACGAUAAUCUAAUAGCAACUGGUGGUAAUGAUUCAAGUGUAAGAUUAUGGAGCUUGAAUUCUAUUGAUCAAGGGGAGGAUAAUAAACCAGCAAUACUGCAUACAAAAUUGGAAAAGUAUUUUCCUCGGAGUUUAAGCUAUCUAGAUGCAAGGAGUGUUAUUGUAACUACAGACGAAGGGAAGCUAAUGUUUUAUCACAAGGGAGAUAGUAGGCCUCUUUUUGAAGAUGACGCUUUCAAAUCGUAUAGCGUUUUGUGCACAGAUUCUAGCAAUGGUAUUGUAAUUGUAGGUAAUAUCAAAGGAGAGAUAAUUGUAAUAUAUGGAAAGGAUAAUAUUAGAAAAAAGAUCUUCAAUAGUAAAAUCUAUAGUCUAACAAUGAUUUCGUCGGAUGAAGAGGAGUGUCUUUUCAUUGCUAACGGAGAUGAAGGAAAAAUGAUAAUGUAUCGAUUAGAAAUAACUUCUAAUCUAUCAUUAGUUGAGUUACAUAAUUUCAUAUUGCCAAAGUGUAAACAAAGAUGGAUUACGUGCGGUUGUUUAAAUAUUUCUGCUGAAACUGGUCUAAAAUCUCUUAUUUGCGGAGAUAGGAGUGGGUCGAUUCACGUUUAUGACCUUAAUUGUACGGAUUUAUCUCCUUCUAAAUCCUAUCAUAAAGUUCAUGGACGAGUGGGCGUUACUUUUAUCUCAUAUUUCUCUAAUUAUGAUUCAAUUAUCAGUUGUGGCAGAGAUGGAUCGUAUAAGUUUUGGAACCUGGAUCCAAUCAAUUAUCUAGUACUAAUGAAAGAGUGCUUUUACGACGAACACUUAAUCGUUUUCAAUGUGAAAACUAGCGAGAUAUUAUUGAAGGUGCUUUGCGGGGGUGGACAUAGAGCUUGGGACAUAGAUUUUACUUUAGAUGAAAAUGGGAGACCCACUUACGGGCCAGUUGAAAUUAUUUUUAUAAAAAAUCGAAGCGUACUUAGAUGUAAGACUGAUUUAAAGAAAUUGCAGUAUAUAUUAAAGAAACCUAACUACUGUAGUAAAAUUGAGGCAAUUAAAUAUUGCUUUACAUGGAGGAUGGGCGAUAUUUCGAAUCAUUACUGCGUAACAGCAGGGGAAGAGAAUUUUAUAAACGUUCUAAAAAUAGCUGAGAAUCGGGAUAAUUCUUUUUCUUAUGAAAUUUGUGAAGUAUUGCAAGGACAUUUAUCGAAUAUAAGGUGCCUUUCCGUCCUGAGAGAAUCGGACUCGUCUUGUCUUCUAAUAAGCGGUGGAGGCAGAGCUCAAAUGAAAAUUUAUAAAAUAGAAUUCAGUUAUAAAAUGAAUAAUGUAAUUACUAGAGACCUACUAAGUAUUAAAGUGAACGACGAUAGUAAUUCAUCCAAUCCCGAAACAAGAAUUAUGGAUAUAGAUAGUAUCUAUUUAUCUGAUGUUAAAAGUUGCGGAUAUAAAUUCUCCGAUAAGGAAUCAGUUUUAUUAACUGCAGCUUGUAGUGAUGGAUUAUUAAGAUUAUUCGUCUAUAAUAUGGAAACAAACGAAAUUAAACAAUUGAAUACAGUAACAUUGGAGAAUUGUUUAAUGAAAGCCUUUUUCGUAAACACAUCAAAUGACUUUCUAGCUGGAUGCGGAACGGCGAAUGGGCAAGUAAUUAUUUAUAGCCUUCAAGAACUAUUAGCGAACUAUACGGAUGACUAUGAGGAUGAAUCUGUCGCUUUAGAAGAUUUAAUAACAGCUCAAGUACAUGAAAAUGGAAUUACUGCCAUCUUUGUUAAAUAUCUGGACGAUGGAAUUUUACUAAUAACUGGAUCCGAUAGUGGAUUUAUCGAUUGCUCUCUCUUAAAAACUUCAAACGAUUGCUGUAGAACGCUAAAAACGCUUUGUAAGUGGGGUGGUCAUAAUUCGUCUGUAACGAGCGUCACCUACUCUAUGGAAAAUAUAAUAUCCGCCUCAAUCGAUCAAAGAAUCCGUUCAUGGUCUUUCGAGAGAAAGAACAAAAACACAUGGGAAUAUCAUUCGCAGGAUUGUAAAUAUAUACCAAUUGCCGACGUGUCAUCGUCAGCUACUUGGAUAAGCGAUAAUUAUUCUUUAGCAGCCUUAGCUGGGUGCGGUUGCACAGUUAUCAAAUCUAAACUAUUCUGA